UAGUUCGCACCAACAAUAAAGUUGUGGAACGUGUGGAACACGAACCGCACCCACACAAAACAAAGUAAAGCAGAAGGUAGACUACAAGAUGGCUGCGUAUGGGUGUUGUGGCUGCUGAUGAAUCCGCGCUUACCAAAUAAUAGCAACAAAGGCUGUCAAGGCAAAGAUAAAAAAGCCAUAUAGACAAAUAAUUCAUAGUUAAUUUAUCAAAAUUAUCUAAAAGUGUUCGUUUAGAAGUUAAGGGUUUAAAAGAUUUCGGACUAUAUAAUAAAUGGUUACAUGCGGCGGCGGCCAAGUGGAUAGAAUUCUCACGAGUAUCUAUAAUCAUCGAGUGGAAAAAGGUGACGCGAAUACGCGGGAUUAGGGAAUAUACACUUGGUUAAUAAAACUGUGAAAAGGGCAAAAGAAGCUCAGUUUAAAGCAAUUAACACGAGUUAAGGGGUGAGGUGAGAGGUGGCUCGAAUUAUACAAACAAAUAAACAUUACAAAUGCCUCGCUUACAACGCUGAAAUAAAAUUGAGGUUGUGGGGUGGAUGGUAGGAUUUUACUGGGAACUGAAGAUCGCAGCCAGUCAAUACGCUGGAGAAAGACGGUGGAGCUUCGGAGGAGGGGGAGAUGUCCACCGGCACUCAGGGGGAGAUUCGGAUCGGUUCAUCGCACCAGGAAUUGGUUUCUUGUCAGGCCCGUUUGCCUGACUAUCGGCCGGGCGUGCCGACCGCUGACCUGCUGCCCGAUCCUGAGUUCUCCAAGGAGCGCGAGGAAUUAAGAUGGAUUCCGGCAAUGUCAUUGGAUGGCGAUCUUCUAAUGUAUCUAAGGGCGGCUCGAUCAAUGGCCGCGUUCGCUGGUAUGUGUGAUGGAGGCUCACCGGACGAUGGCUGUGUUGCCGCAUCUCGAGACGAUACAACCAUUAACGCUCUUGACAUACUCCACGAUUCUGGAUAUGAUCCAGGCAGAGCAUUACAAGCCCUUGUCAAGUGUCCAGUACCCAAAGGCAUCGAUAAGAAAUGGUCCGAGGAAGAGACUAAACGUUUCGUCAAAGGUUUACGUCAGUUUGGAAAAAACUUUUCGCGAAUUAGAAAAGAUCUGUUGCCCCACAAAGACACGCCGGAACUCGUCGAGUUCUAUUAUCUUUGGAAAAAGACUCCAGGUGCGAACAACAAUCGUCCCCACCGUCGUCGUCGCCAAGGCUCCUUGCGGCGAAUCCGUAAUACGCGCAAUUCACGAGCUGGCACGCCAAAAGAAGAGGUUUCAACGUCACAGCAGCAGCAGCAGCAGCAGCAACAACAACAACAAUCUACGGUUUCGGGUAAAGAUAGUACAUCCACGGGUGUUGGAAACGGCGAAACAAGAGCGAGUAGCGGAGAGGCUCGUGGCAAUCGUGAAACCAAAGAGGCGGCAGUCUCAGAGUCCGAAACGACGCCGACCAGCGGAAGUGUUUCCACGGGUGGAAAUAACUCAGGCGCUACAAACACAAAUAAUUCAAAUAGUAACAGCAACGCAAACGGUAACAACAAUAACAGCAACAGCAAUCCCGGGGGCGAGAUAAGUUCCGUGACAGAGGACGACAAUUCCGAGGAGGACAGCGAUUCGCGUGACACAAAUACGAACGGUCCGGGCUUGCCAUCGUGUCAGCAUUGUUUUUCAACCAACUCGAAGGAUUAUCAAGUAUCGGGUAAAGAUAGAUUAUUGUUGUGCGCAGAAUGCCGCGCGCAUUCGAAAAAGACUGGGGAAUUGCCGCCAGUACCGCCGUAUAUAUUCAGGCCGGUCCCAGCGGAAUCGCCUGACAGUCCUAGUAGAAUGAGAACACGGAACAAUAAGGUGAAAGAAUCACCGAGGUCAUCUAGACCGAGACGGUUAGGCGGUGGUACCGAAACACCGGAGAACGAUCAAAAAUCGCGCAGCAGCGAACAGCAACAACAGGCCCAGCAGCGUGAUUCUCAAACCCGAGAAUCGCAGCCACUGCGCGACUCUUUGAGCACACAAUCUGCGGAUAAAACGAAAAAAGUGAAAUCGGGCAGUAGUAGCAGCAGCAGCAGCAGCAGCGGCGGCGGCGGCGGCGGCAGCGGUGGUGGCAGCGGUACCGGCACCGGCACCGGCACCGUGGCCAAUGGUCCUAAUUCGACAAAGCACGAGACACCGAAAAAAGGACAAAAGAGAAUGCCAGCAGAAGAUCUCGACGAGGAGAAAGAUCCUCAAAAACGAAAGAGAGGUACAACCGGUGGCGCCACUGGUGACAGGCCAGAAAGUCCAGCCGAAUCUUUGACGACGGAUAGCAAUUCCCUCAUGGACGAGGGUGAGCGCGAGACUGAACCCGAAACCGGCGAGAAUCUAGUGACGACGAAUCCCGAAAUACCACUAGCACCGCCCGGAUCAUGCAUUAUACCGGAGGAACCGGUAAGCCCCGUGGCUGCUGCCGCAGCUGAAGAAGAACCUUCUGAACCUACGCCGGUGUCAACGCCCGCGCCUCCAACGAUCCAGAAUCAUCCUGCCAAUUCCACUGUCAUUAUUUCUUUGGAUCCAAACUCCUCUCAUAACGACAUUGUAGGAAAUGCGCCUACUCCCUCACCGAAAAUCAAAGUUGAAAAUGAAGAAACGUCUUCCUCAUCAGCGGUAAUCGUUUCAAUGCGAGAACAACAAGAACCAAUUCACUUGAAAAUGGAGCCUGCUCCUCUCGAGCCUGAGAUGUCUCCGGAGCAAGAAGAUUCGAAAGAAUUAGUGGACCACGCACAACCAAAUAUCCAACAAAUGCCGCCCCAAAAUUUGGGCAUUCCAAUAGCAACGUCGAUGACAGUUAGCGAUCUUACCCAAGCGAUACCACGUAGUGUAAAUCAGCAACCGCUUAUUACGAAUCCUGGCAACUGCCCACCGAAUCCGCUUCCCAUAUCGCAGCCAUUAACUUCCGGAUUGAUAAGCGGACCUCAAAUUAGUCAACCGAAUAGUGUACCGCAACAGAUACAGUUACCACCUCAGGGCCCUCAAAUGCAUCAACUUAAUAUGCAAUAUCCCGGCUUGCAGCCACAAAAUCCGCAAGGUUUGUCGUCGCGAGACUUACCCCAUAACAUGCAAAUUUCGAGUAGCUUAGGGCCUGUAUUAGGACCUCCUACGAUAUUAGGACCACCGGUGCGCGAUCACGCAAACAACAUUUUAACACCUCAAAAUCUUACGAAUCACGGGGACGCAAUAACAAAUGGUUUGAACCCAGCUGCUGCGAUUUCCGUUCCAGCCUUGAAUUUGAACAUAGCCCAGAACCUAUCAACCAACAUAUCGCAAUUAUCUUCGGUAUCCCCCCAGCCGGUGCCGCUCGCAGUCGUUUCUCAACAGCAUCAACAACAGAACAAUCGAUUGUCGGAGAGAAUGCGCGAGGAAGAUGUGCGAUCGAUGCAUCAGAACGUCGAUCGAAUGCGUGACUCAAGGAUAAUAGUCGACGGUAGACACAACGAGCGAGUCAUGUCGGAUCGCGUGAUGGAUAACUCAUUGAACAACAGUUCCGACGAAGCUCGUUUGGAGAGGUCGGAGCCACCGGUCAAUAUGUUCCAACCGAUUCCCCCGUCGCCGGGAGUCCCUGCCUCGUUGAACUCUGAAAAAGCAAUCGGACCGUUGUACUCGAUGCCGGGAACGCCGCCCAUGGAGCCCCAGAAUUUGAAAAUCAAACAAGAAUCAGUCCUCUCCGAGCCGGAUCCGCUACAGAGUCUCAAAGAAGUCAAAGUCCCGGGUUUCCAAGGUAGUUACCCAGGCCCCACACUCGAUAACAUUAAGAAAGAUCCGGACGCGGGUAAACCUCCGACUCCCAGCAAGCAUUCGCACUCGAAUUCUCAAUCGCAGCAAUCGAUGCAGCAUCAUCAUCACCAACAGCAAAAUCAACAAGUUGCUCAAGUUCAAUCAGUCGCCGCGUCCCCACAGCCGGGUUUGCCGCCUCCCCCAACUUCUAUUCCCCAGCCGGUAAUGCACCCGUCGCAACAGCCGAGUCCUCACAUGACGCAUCCUUUCCAUCCCCACCACACAUUGAUGCAUCAUUCCCUAUUUGCAGCGAUGCAUCCUUACCAUCCGCACGCUUAUCCCGGUUAUCCUCCGGUCGCCGGUUACCCUUCAUUUACACCGUAUCCGUACGGGCCUGUGCCACACGCUAUACCACCGCCUUCGUCGCAACGAAGUCAAGAUAGUACGACGAUGAUGGCGGCCCAUCAUUCGAGUACAAGCUCAUCGAGCGUUUCGACUUCUCGGGACGAGGGUGAAAAUUUGGUAGCGACGCAUCACCAUCAAUCGUCCAUGCAUCAAGCCGCUACCCUCCACCAUGAUAAAUUGAUGACUAUUUCGUCGCACAGUUCCCACGGUCAUUCGUCGACCGUUCAUUCGAGUUCUCAAAGAAAACCCCUCGUUUCCUCGUGCUUGAUGUCUACGAGUUCCCAUCACCAUCACCAACAAUCUCAUCAUCAUCAACAACCACCACCGCCACCACCGCCACCACCUCAGCAAUUGCAGCAACAAACUAUUCAAGUUCCUGAAUUGAAAAUGGAACAAGAAAUCAUCGAACCCGAACCCGAAGAGACUCCGAGCCCUCGCGGCCCAUCCCCUGAACCCAGAAUCGAGGACUGCGAAUGCCACAGAUCACAAUCCGCUAUUUUCCUUCGACAUUGGAAUAGAGGGGAAAAUAAUUCUUGCACGAGAACUGAUCUGACCUUCAAACCUGUACCGGAUUCAAAACUGGCAAGAAAGCGCGAGGAGAGGUUAAGAAAACAGGCCGAGAGAGAAAGAGAAGAACGUGAUCGUGUCGCUGCCGCUACUCAACAAGCAAGGAAAAUGACGACUCCUGAAAAACAAAUGGAAAGCUGUAAACCUCCCAGCAGAGGACCCCUCGAGCCUGUCGUUUCACCUUACGAUCGAUACGCCACUGCCAGGUCUGGUUCUUAUGCCGAUACUCCGGCGUUGAGACAACUUUCAGAAUAUGCUAGGCCGCACGCGGCCUUUUCUCCUGCACGACAUUCGGCACCUCCCGAUCCUAUGCUUCACUACAUGUAUGGACCUGGUGCUCGCGAACGACUCGAACUGGAACAUUUGGAAAGAGAGAAAAGAGAACGAGAAAUCAGAGAACUCCGAGAGCGAGAACUGAAUGACAGACUCAAAGAGGAAUUACUCAAAGGCACCCCCAGACCCAUGGCCACUCCCGUCGAUCCACAUUGGCUCGAAAUUCAUAGACGAUAUGCCGCUGCCGGCCUCACCCCCGGCCCUUCAGGACCCCCACAAGGCCUUCAUCAAUUUGGGCUUUACGGCGCUCCCCCCGGACCCAGUCAACUUGAUCGGGACCGCCUUGAACGAUUAGCGGCAGCUGGGGCCAAUUAUCCUAGACCAGGUAUGAUGCCGAGGGACCCGACACUCGCGCUUCAUCCCGCGGAGCUUCUUGGACGUCCUUACGCGGACAUGGCCGCACACCACGAACAGCUCCAACGUCACUUGAUCAUGGAACGAGAGCGGUUUCCGCCUCACGCUUCUUUAGUUGCUCAGCACGAAGAAUAUCUGAGACAACAACGCGAUCGUGAGCUUAAGGUCCGAGCACUGGAAGAAGCGGCACGUGGGACCCGACCUUAAGCACGACCUUAAUUACUAAUUUAUAGAAAUAUUAUUACUAAUAUUAUAUAUUUAUAUAGAUAAUUCGUCGUUGCCGGCUGGUCACGAUGCGUGUCCGAUCAGGCUUCACUUUUUGAGAUCAGUAUUUUUAAUUCCUUCGUCCCUUAUCAAAUCAUCUCGUAAGUUCCAACCUUUAUUUCCUUUUUAUUUGUCAUUUUCAAAGACUAGUACAUGCAUUUACGCCUUUCUCGAAAGCUCUUUGUGACGACCCUAUGAAAUUUAAGCGCAAACAUUUCUAUUUUAUCGCUGCAAUUACAUUGACAAGAGUUCUUACGAAUUUUGUGCUCGUUUACAAUUCAAUUUUGUUUUAUAUCGCCGUUAGAGACAAGACAAAAAACAUAUCGACUUUUUGUAGCUUUCUAUGAGUUUUUAUCGAAAAAAAGAUUGCGACAGGCGAUGAAGACGGAAUUCCGAAUUUUUGCUUGAGACGUUACGCGAUUCUCACGAAACAGAACAUUAUUGUAUAUAGUCAGAGUUGAAGGGAAGUAAGCGUUUUGAGAGUAGUCUUCGAUGCGUGUGUAAAAUGGCGUGCAACAAUGUGAAAAAAAAUUCGCAACGGCAUAGCGGAUUAUUUUCGAUUAGGUAUUAAACAUUUUAUAGCGGUGUAACUAUAGAAUCAAAACAAGAAAACAUAAAAUUGUGUUUCAAUUAAUCCAUCUUGCAGAAAUAACAUAGCCCUCAUUGUAAAAAUGUAAAAAUUUGUGAAUCGACAAAUUUGCUUUUUCAUACGGUCCGCGUACUGCUUCCUCGAAAUUUCGAUUACGCAUUUUUUUAUCUAUCUUUUCAAUAUUGAGUAGAAAAAAUAGAGUUUUUACUUUUCUGCUUUGGCAAUUGUUUGAUAUCUUGAAGUUUUCUCAUACUCGGAACUGCUCGUACCUCAGGCAAAAUCUUACAUCGUAUCUGCAGUCGUGAUUACAAACACUUGUUUCUUUCGUUGUUUCAAAUAUUUUUCUAAAUCAUAUCUUCAUUGUGAAAGAAAGAAAACGCGUUGUGUUCGACUAAGAAAAAAUGAUGUAUUUCUCAUUACUUAUAUGAAAUACUAAUAUUCUAAGAGAUAAUUCGAAAAGAGGAAGAUGGACGACGGUUUGCAGCUGCUGUUACGUGUGCGAUUUUGUCUCGAACGUAAAAAGAAAAAAAACUGCAUAAAAAAUGCUUCGUUAAUAUUUGAGCAGUUGCUCAUUUAUUUUUAUUUUUGUUUACUAUUAUCAUCAUCGCAGACUCAUAUUUGGAAGCAACCACGACAGGCACUCGAAAUAUAUUUGAAAAGAUGAAGAGGCUAUUUGUAUUAGCCCGUUGGAUAAAUCAAUUACAAAUGGAAUUUUACUUGAAAAGUUUGUAAAUGUUUUUCUCAAGGAUAAUUUUUUUCCGUUCCAAUUUUUUCUAUAUAAGGAUAAAAUAGAAUAAACUAUAAUUCAUGGGGAAACACUUAACUUUUAAAUGCUCGUCUUUCAGAGACAGGAAAUUUAUUCGUUCGUUUUGAAUGAGGCUUCUUAUGUUAUUCUCUGCGAAUAUGAAUUGACAAGAAAACUGGAAGGUGUUUGUAAAAAAUCUUCCAUCCUUUUUAAUAUCCGUAAACAAAUGCCAAAUUUUAAUGUUCAUUUUAUGUGUUAUCAAUAAUUGCGUUAUAUUAAGCAUCGAAAUUUUCUCAUUUACGCAACAUCUCAUUUUUUUAAGUAAAUUUUUUUCCCGAGAAUUGUUCCAACAUAAAAAAUUAAUUAGGAGUAUAUAAUUUUUUACCCUCAGUUUAUGGUUAAUGACCUACUUUUAACUGAAGCUGAAAUUGUAAGCGAUUGCACUUGUACUUUUGGCUAUGUUGAGAAUCCCCAGUACGCGUGAUUGUAUCCAAAAUUACGAAGAAAAAGCAAUUUCGAAGACCAAUUCUUUCGAAUGGUGCUUUGUAAAAUCCACCUUUCAAUUUUUGUAGAAGAUUUCGAAGAACGGUACUUGCAAGUUUUUUUAAAGCUGACAUUUAAUCCCAUGCUUCAUACACUCGGCAACGUUGAUGCCUGCAACAAAUCACUGUGUCAAAAAUAUUUUUACAUGUGGAUUAUUAUUAAAAUGAAUCUUAUUUUAUUCGUUCAACAUGAAAUAAUGGAAAAAAAAAGAAAAGUUCAUGAACGACGUCGUAUACAGGUUGUAAUUUAUCAUAAUAAGUCAACCAAUUAAAAUAGUUAUUGUAGCAGUGUUACGAAUUUUAAUUCAUCAAAAGUAUCAACGCAACGCGACGUUUGAUAAGGUCAAAGCUUAGUUUUCAUUUUAUAUAUGCACGUGUAUAAAGUCAAUAACGUCAAAUACAUAUAGCCUGUUUUUGCAAAAUCAAUUAUCACCAGUUUUACUGAGUUUCUAAUUUUUUUUUUUUUUUUUUUUUUUUUUCCCCCAGUCACACCCAUUGUGAAAGUACGUGGAUUGUGCAGUAGUAAAACUGUAUAAAGACUAAACUUUUUAGUCAAAUUUAGACUUAACAACAGGCAAUGUUAAUUCUUUAAUUUUCUGACAAGUCGAAUUCAAGUGAAUUUCAUUAUGAUUAAUACGAAUAAUCUACACACUCUGAAAUUUAUGCGUGGGCACAUUUAUAGACGUUAUAUUCCGAUCGAUCGAGUGUGCCUAUUCUGCGUUUCAUUAAUUAAAAAAUAGUACUUAACUAUACAUGUAUAUAUUCAAUUUAUAUUAUUUUUCAACAAUAGAUAUAAAUUUUAUAAUCUUAUCUUAUUUGUACUUUAAACGAGAGGUAUGAAUGACAUAUUAUUUUAUGAAUGAUCCCAUGAACAUAUAAAACAUUAACGUGAACGAUUAUUACGAAUUGUAUGAAAGACGUUUGUAAUGCGUUAUCUCUUUUAUGGGAUGCAAGACGCUUUUAGGCAAUUGUAAAUUAUUCCACACCUAUAUGUCUAAAUGAAACGUACCUAACAUGAUCAAUUUUUUUUUUGUUUAUUUCAAGUAAUGUAUGACCAAUGAUAAUAUACGAGGAAAAAAAUGACAACUAAUAAUUCAUUCUCAAAUGGUCAAAUUUCAGAAAUUCCUUUUAUCGAAGAAUUACGAUUGGAUGAUUAGAAACAAUUGAGACAACGAUGACUUGAAAGUUAUUUCUCGAGACACGAAUUAUAUCAUCAAAAAAAUGGCUUGGCAAUAAAUUUUAAAAGUAUUUGAUUA